UUCUCUCUGUCGCUGCCCAGAUCGACAGUCAGUCUGGUCCAGGCUUGGUGAGCCUCUGCUGCAGGGGACAAGUGAGGGGGACCUCCGGGGAGUCUAGGGCUGCCAAAGGGAGUCCACCCUGGCCUGCUCUGAGACACUUCUUUCCCAGGAUUGGAGACAGAGCAGGUGCAGAGGCACAGCAGCUGCCCUAUUGCCCAGCCUCCUGAGCGAUGCCAGCCCAAUGUCCUUUAACCUCCAGUCUGACCUUCCUGGUACUGCUGGGCACAGCCAGCGCAGGCCCCUUCUCUCCACGGUCGAAUGUCACACUCCCAGUUCCACGGCCCCCUCCCCAACCAGGGGGAGGAAGCCCCUCUUCUCAACUUUACGAGCAUACUGUGGAAGGAGGGGAAAAGCAAGUGGUGUUCACCCAUCGCAUUAAUCUGCCCCCCUCUGCUGGCUGUGGCUGUCCCCCAGGCACUGAGCCCCCUGUCCCUGCCUCAGAGGUGCAGGCCCUGAGAAUCCGGCUAGAGAUCUUGGAGGAGUUGGUGAAGGGGCUCAAGGAACAGUGCACUGGGGGAUGUUGUCCUGCUGCUGCCCAGGCUGGCACAGGCCAGACAGAUGUUCGUAGCCUUUGCAGCCUUCAUGGUGUGUUUGACCUGAGCCGUUGUGCCUGUUCCUGUGAGCCAGGGUGGGGUGGACCCACCUGCUCCGACCCCACAGAGUCUGGGAUGUCCCCCUCCUCCCCUCCUGCAGAAUCCGGGUUUUGUCCCGAUGACUGCAACGAUCAGGGUCGCUGCGUCCGAGGUCGCUGCGUGUGUUUCCCCGGCUAUACCGGCCCAAGUUGUGGUUGGCCUUCUUGCCCAGGGGAUUGCCAAGGCCGAGGGCGCUGUGUGCAAGGUGUGUGCGUCUGCAGGGCAGGCUUCUCAGGUCCCGACUGUGGCCAGCGCUCCUGCCCUCGGAGCUGCAGCCAGAGAGGACGCUGCGAGGACGGACGCUGUGUGUGCGACCCAGGUUACACUGGUGAGGACUGUGGUGUGAAAAGUUGCCCUCGCGGUUGCAGCCAGAGAGGACGUUGUGAGAACGGGCGCUGUGUGUGCAAUCCUGGCUACUCUGGUGAGGACUGUGGGGUGAAAAGCUGCCCUCGAGGCUGCAGCCAGAGAGGGCGUUGUGAGGACGGACGCUGCGUCUGUGACCCUGGCUACACUGGAGAAGACUGCGGCGUGCGGAGCUGCCCUUGGGACUGUGGUGAGGGAGGGCGCUGCGUGGACGGCCGCUGUGUGUGCUGGCCCGGGUACGCAGGCGAGGACUGUAGCACCCGAACUUGUCCUCGCAACUGCCGGGGGCGUGGGCGCUGUGAGGAUGGCGAAUGCAUCUGCGACGCAGGCUACAGCGGGGACGAUUGCGGCGUGCGUAGCUGCCCUGGCGACUGCAACCAAAGGGGCCGCUGUGAGGACGGCCGCUGUGUGUGCUGGCCGGGUUAUACCGGGCCUGACUGUAGCGCCCGUGCCUGCCCGCGCGACUGUAGAGGACGUGGGCGCUGUGAGAACGGUGUGUGUGUGUGCAACACGGGUUACAGCGGUGAGGACUGCGGUGUGCGCAGCUGUCCUGGGGACUGUCGUGGUCGUGGCCGCUGCGAGAGUGGGCGUUGCGUGUGCUGGCCCGGAUACACGGGUCGGGACUGUGGCACGCGUGCCUGUCCUGGAGACUGUCGCGGGAGGGGGCGCUGCGUGGACGGCCGCUGUGUGUGCAACCCAGGCUUUACUGGCGAGGACUGUGGGAGCCGUCGGUGUCCUGGAGACUGCCGCGGACAUGGCCGCUGCGAGGAUGGCGUGUGUGUGUGCGAUGCGGGUUACUCAGGCGAGGACUGCAGUACACGCAGCUGCCCUGGGGGCUGUCGAGGCCGCGGCCAGUGCCUAGAUGGGCGCUGCGUGUGUGACGACGGCUACUCGGGUGAGGACUGCGGUGUAAGGCGGUGCCCACGAGACUGCAGCCAACACGGCGUGUGCCAGGACGGUGUAUGCACCUGCUGGGAGGGUUAUGCAGGCGAGGACUGCAGCAUCCGCACCUGCCCCUCCAAUUGCCACGGACGCGGCCGCUGUGAGGAAGGACGCUGUGUGUGUGACCCAGGCUACACCGGCCCCGUGUGUGCCACCCGCACCUGCCCAGCUGACUGCCAGGGUCGUGGGCGCUGUGUUCAAGGAGUGUGCAUAUGCCACACGGGCUAUGGUGGUGAGGAUUGUGGGCAGGAAGAGCCUCCCGCCAGCGCCUGCCCAGGGGGCUGCGGCCCCAGGGAACUGUGCCGCGCAGGUCAAUGUGUAUGCGUUGAGGGCUUCCGAGGCCCUGACUGUGCUAUCCAGAUAUGCCCUGGGGACUGUCGUGGCCGUGGAGAGUGUCGCGAGGGUAGCUGCUUCUGCCAAGAUGGCUAUGCCGGGGAGGACUGUGGGGAAGAGGUGCCAGCCAUUGAAAACAUGAGGAUGCACCUCCUGGAGGAGACAACAGUUCGGACAGAAUGGACCCGGGCUCCUGGCUCUGUGGAUGCCUAUGAAAUUCAGUUCAUCCCCACGACAGAGGGGGCGAGCCCCCCAUUCACGGCGCGGGUGCCCAGUUCUGCCUCAGCCUAUGACCAGAGAGGACUGGCCCCUGGUCAGGAGUACCAGGUCACUGUCCGUGCCCUUCGAGGGACCAGCUGGGGUCCUCCUGCUUCUAAGACCAUCACCACCAUGAUCGAUGGUCCCCAGGACCUCCGCGUAGUGGCUGUGACACCGACCACCCUGGAGCUCAGCUGGCUACGACCCCAGGCUGAGGUGGACCGAUUUGUGGUCUCCUAUGUCAGUGCCGGAAACCAGAGGGUACGGCUGGAAGUUCCACCCGAAGCGGAUGGGACACUGCUUACCGACCUGAUGCCAGGCGUGGAAUAUGUGGUGACUGUCACUGCAGAACGGGGUCGGGCAGUCAGCUACCCAGCUUCUGUCAGGGCCAACACAGCACCAGGCCACUACAGUUACCCGGAGGUGCACCCCCCAGCCCCGCCCCCCAAGCCCCGCCCCCGUCCUGCCCCUGCCUCGCGGCCUCUGCGGCCAGCUCGGCCCUCGGGGCCAGCAGAGGAGGGCGAGGAGGAGUCCCGCCCGGGGCCCAACCUGCCUCAGCCCUCGCGGCGGGCGUGGGGCAACCUGACCACCGAACUGGGCCGCUUCCGCGGCACGGUGCAGGACCUGGAGCACCACCUGCGGGCUCACGGCUACCCACUUCGCGCCAACCAGACCUACACGUCCGUGGCGCGCCACAUCCAUGAAUACCUGCAGCGGCGUCGGGCGGCCGCUGCCCCCGCCGGCUCCCCCGCCCCCCAGCCCCGUCGCCCCCACCCUACCUCCAGCCCCACCGCGGGCACCUGGAAGCGGGACUCCAACCAGGGCAUCUACGGCCUCUCCCCUGAAGGCGUCGACCGGUUGGCCGCGCCUCGCCACCCCAAGCCUGAGGUGUUGGGCAGUUCCGCUGACGGUGCGCUCCUCGUGUCUCUUGAUGGGCUCCGCGGCCAGUUCGAGCGCGUGGUGCUGCGCUGGCGGCCCCAGCUGCCUGCAGAGGGCCCCAGCGGGGAGCUGACGGUGCCGGGCACCACACGCACAGUCAGUCUACCCGACCUCAGGCCCGGCACCACCUACCACGUGGAGGUCCACGGGGUGCGGGCGGGGCAGACCUCCAAGUCCUACGCCUUCAUCACAACCACAGGGUCCUCACCCUCGGGCCUCUUGGGGGCUACUGAUGAGCCUCCUCCCUCAGGCCCCUCGACGACCCAAGGGGCUGAGGCCCCUCUCCUGCAGCAGCGCCCCCAGGAGCUGGGAGAGUUGAGGGUGCUGGGCAGAGACAAGACAGGGCGCCUCCGUGUGACCUGGACUGCCCAGCCCGACACCUUUGCCCACUUCCAGCUGCGCCUGCAGGUGCCCGAGGGCCCGGGGGCACAUGAAGAACUGCUGCCAGGGGACGUCCGCCAGGCUCUGAUGCCCCCGCCCCCUCCUGGAGCCCCCUACAAGCUGUUACUUCAUGGGAUCCCCCCUGGGGGCAAGCCCUCUGUUCCCAUCACCUACCAAGGCGUUAUGGACAGGGAUGGAGAGAAGCCUAGGAAGUCCUUAGGUCUACCACGCCUGGGUGAGCUGACAGUGACCGACGUGACCUCUGACUCCCUGCUCCUGCGUUGGACAGUCCCUGAGGGGGAAUUUGACUCCUUUGUGAUCCAGUACAAAGACAGAGAUGGGCCCCAGGUGAUGCCAGUGGAGGGGCCUCAGCGCUCGGCCCCCAUCACAUCCCUGGAACCUGGCCGAAAGUACAAAUUUGUCCUGUAUGGGCUCAUCAACAAGAAGAGGCAUGGUCCCUUAGUGGCCGAAGCCAAGAUCUUGCCUCAGAGUGAUCCCAGUCCAGAAACCCUACCCCGUCUGGGAAAGCUAUGGGUAACAGACCCUACUCCAGACUCACUGCACCUCUCCUGGACUGUCCCUGAGGGUCAGUUUGACUCCUUCAUAGUCCAGUAUAAGGACAAGGAUGGACGGCCCCAGGUGGUACCUGUGGAAGGACCUGAGCGAUCAGUCAUCAUCUCCCCCUUGGACUCUGAUCACAAGUACAGAUUCACUCUCUUUGGGAUUGCCGAUAAGAAGCGGUAUGGCCCCCUUAUGGCUGAUGGCACUACUGCCCCAGAGAGGCAAGAAGAGCCCCCUCACCCUGAGUCCCUUGAGCAGCCCCUUCUGGGGGAAUUAAUGGUGACUGGCGUGACCCCAGACUCCCUGCGCCUGUCUUGGACUGUGGCCCAGGGCCCCUUUGACUCCUUCGUGGUCCAGUACAAGGAUGUGCAGGGGCAGCCUCAGGCAGUACCUGUCAGGGGAGAUGAAAAUGAAGUCACAGUCCCUGGCCUGGAGUCCAACCGGAAGUAUAAGAUGAACCUCUACGGGCUUCAUGGCAGGCAUCGUGUGGGGCCCGUGUCUAUAGUAGCCAAGACGGCCCCACGGGAGGUUGUAGAUGAGAUCCCCAGCCCUACAAAACCCAGCAUGGAAGUCCUGGAAACACCUGAGCAGCCACGCCUUGGGGAGCUGACUGUGACAGACUCCACCCCUGACUCCCUGAGCCUCUCCUGGACAGUGCCCGAAGGACAGUUUGACCACUUUCUGGUCCAGUACAAGAAUGGGGAUGGACAGUCCAAGGUAGUGCGGGUGCCAGGGUAUGAAGAUGAGGUCACCAUCUCAGGGCUGGAGCCAGAUCACAAGUACAAGAUGCACCUGUAUGGCUUCCACAGUGGCCAACGUGUGGGCCCCAUGUCUGCCACUGGGGUGACAACUGCAGUGGAAGAAACCCCCAGCUCUAUAGAGGUGGAGAACCCCAGCCCCACAGAACCCAGCACGGAGGCCCCAGAGCCCACCGAGGAGCCACUGCUGGGGGAGCUGAUGGUGACAGGAACCUCCCCUGACUCCCUGAGCUUCUUCUGGACUGUGCCCCAAGGCCAGUUUGACUCCUUCACCAUCCAGUAUAAAGACAGGGAUGGGCAGCCCCAGGUGGUGCGUGUUGGAGGAGAGGAGAGAGAGGCCACUGUGGGGGACCUGGAGCCUGGACGCAAGUACAAGAUGCACCUAUAUGGGCUCCACCAGGGCCACCGUGUGGGCCCCGUGUCUACUCUGGGCGUGACUGAUCCCUUCCCACCCACCCAGGCCACUGAAACCCCUGACCGCCCCCUGGAGCCACGCCUGGGAGAGCUGACAGUCACAGAUGUGACCCCUGACUCCGUGGGCCUCUUGUGGACAGUUCCUGAAGGCAAAUUUGACGCCUUCAUGGUCCAGUAUAAGGACAGGAAUGGGCAACCCCAGGUGGUGCCAGUGACUGCAGACCAACGGGAGGUUACCAUCCCUGGCCUGGAGCCCUCCCGCAAGUAUAAGUUCCUGCUUUUUGGGAUCCAGGAUGGGAAACGACGCAGCCCAGUCUCUGUUGAGGCAAAAACAGCUGCCCGAAGUGAUGCCAGCCCAGGGGCUCUACCUCGCCUUGGGGAGCUAUGGGUGACGGAUACCACCCCAGAGUCACUGCGCCUCUCCUGGACAGUCCCCGAGGGCCACUUUGACUCUUUUGUGGUCCAGUACAAGAACAAGGAUGGGCCCCAGGUGGUGCCUGUGGAGGGCCAUGAGCGCUCAGCCACCAUCACCUCUCUGGACGCUGGACGCAAGUACAGAUUCCUUCUCUAUGGCCUCCUAGGCAAGAAGCGCCUUGGCCCCCUCACUGCUGAUGCCACCACAGUGAGCCCGAGUUCUGUGGACCAUACUGGAAUAAAACCCCAACUAGGGGAGGAACUGCAAGUGACUGGCGUGACCUCUGACUCUGUGGGCCUCUCAUGGACAGUCCCUGAGGGGCAAUUUGACUCCUUUGUGGUCCAGUACAAAGACAGGGAUGGGCAGCCCCAGGUGGUGCCUGUGGACGGCAGCCUCAGGGAGGUCAAUGUCUCAGGCCUGGACCCUGACCGCAGGUACAAGCUGCUGCUCUAUGGGCUGCACAACAGCAAGCGUGUGGGUCCCCUUUCUGCCAUUGCCAUGACUGCCCCUAGGGAAAAAAUUGAAGGUGAUAUCCCCACCCCAAGCCCUCCGACAGUUGAGCCCCACCUGGGGGAACUAAUGGUGGAGGAGGCCACUCCUCACAGCCUGCAUCUCUCCUGGAUGGUGACCAAUGGAGAAUUCGACUCCUUUGAGGUCCAGUAUGAAGAUAGAGAUGGUCAACUCCAAGUGGUCAGUACUGGGGGAGACCAGAGUGAUGUUACCCUCACUGGUCUGGAAUCAAAUCACAGAUAUCUGGUGACCCUAUAUGGCUUCCAUGAUGGUCAGCGUGUGGAUUCUGCCCACAUAGAAGCCCUGACAGUGCCUCAGGAGGAAGAGAAUGAGCCAUCAGAAGUACCCACCAUGACCCCUGAGCCUCCACUCAGGCCACGCCUAGGGGAGCUGACUGUGACAGAUGCCACCCCUGACUCCCUGAGCCUCUCCUGGACAGUCCCUGAAGGACAGUUUGACCACUUCCUGGUCCAGUACAAGAAUGGGGAUGGGCAGCCCAAGGUGGUGCGGGUGCCAGGGCAUGAGGACGAGGUCACCAUCUCAGGGCUGGAGCCAGACCACAAGUACAAGAUGCACCUGUAUGGCUUCCAUAGUGGCCAGCGCACAGGCCCCGUCUCUGUCAUUGGGGUGACAACUGCAGUGGAGGAGACCCCCAGCCCCACAGAACCCAGCACAGAGGCCCCAGAGCCCACUGAAGAGCCACUCCUUGGGGAGCUGACAGUGACAGGCUCCUCCCCUGACUCUCUGAGCCUCUCCUGGACUGUGCCCCAGGGCCAGUUUGACUCCUUCACCAUCCAAUACAAGGACAGGGAUGGGCGGCCCCAGGUGGUGCGUGUUGGAGGAGAGGAGAGAGAGGCCACUGUGGGGGACCUGGAGCCUGGACGCAAGUACAAGAUGCACCUGUAUGGACUCCAGCAGGGCCGCCGUGUGGGCCCCGUGUCUACUCUGGGUGUGACUGCCCCUGAAGAGGAGCCUUCUGAUGCCCCUCCUCUGAAGCCACGCUUGGAGGAGCUGACCGUGACAGAUGCCACUUCCGACACCCUGAGCCUCUCCUGGACAGUCCCUGAGGGACAAUUUGACCACUUCCUGCUCCAGUAUAAGAAUGGGGAUGGGCAGCCCAAGGCUGUGCGGGUGCCAGGGCACAUAGAUAGUGUAACCAUUUCAGGCCUAGAGCCAGACCAUAAAUACAAGAUGCACCUGUAUGGCUUCCACGGUAACCAGCGCAUGGGCCCUGUCUCUGCUGUCGGUUCAACUGACCCAGAAAAGGAUGAAAUACUUAGCGCAACUCUGACAGAACCACCAACCACAACCCCUGAGCCUUCUAUCAAGCCACGCCUGGGGGAGCUGACCGUGACAGAGGCCACCCCUGACUCCCUGAGCCUCUCCUGGACAAUCCCUGAAGGACAGUUUGACCACUUCCUGGUCCAGUACAAAAAUGGGGACGGGCAGCCCAAGGUAGUGCGAGUGCCAGGGCAUGAGGACGAGGUCACCAUCUCAGGGCUGGAGCCAGACCACAAGUACAAGAUGCACCUGUAUGGCUUCCACAGUGGCCAGCGCACAGGCCCCGUCUCUGUCAUUGGGGUGACAACUGCAGUGGAGGAGACCCCCAGCCCCACAGAGGUGGAGGAGACCCCCAGGCCCACAGAACCCAGCACGGAGGCCCCAGAGCCCACUGAGGAGCCACUCCUGGGGGAGCUAACAGUGACAGGCGAGGCCUCCCCUGACUCUCUGAGCCUCUCCUGGACUGUGCCCCAGGGCCACUUUGACUCUUUCACCAUCCAGUACAAGGGCAGGGAUGGGCGGCCCCAGGUGGUGCGUGUUGGAGGAGAGGAGAGAGAGGCCACUGUGGGGGACCUGGAGCCUGGACGCAAGUACAAGAUGCACCUGUAUGGACUCCACCAGGGCCGCCGUGUGGGCCCCGUGUCUACUUUGGGAAUGACCGCCCCACGGAAGGUUGUGGAGGAGACUCCCAGCCCCACAGAACCCAGCAUGGAAGCCCCAGAACCCACCGAGGAGCCACUCCUGGGGGAGCUGACAGUGACAGGCUCCUCCCCUGACUCCCUGAGCCUCUCAUGGAUUGUGACCCAGGGCCAUUUUGACUCCUUCACCAUCCAGUACAAAGACAGGGAUGGGCGGCCCCAGGUGGUACAUGUUGGAGGAGAAGAGAGAGAAGCCACUGUUGAGGACUUGGAGCCUGGACGCAAGUACAAGAUGCACCUGUAUGGGCUCCACCAGGGCCACCGUGUGGGCCCCAUGUCCACUGUGGGUGUGACUGAGGAUGAAGCAAUGACCACGCAAGUAACACCCACCACAACCCCCGAGCCUCCUCUCAGGCCACGCCUAGGGGAGCUGACUGUGACAGAUGCUACCCCUGACUCCCUGAGCCUCUCCUGGACAGUCCCUGAAGGACAGUUUGACCACUUCCUGGUCCAGUACAAGAAUGGGGACGGGCAGCCCAAGGUGGUGCGGGUGCCAGGGCAUGAGGAUGAGGUCACCAUCUCAGGGCUGGAGCCAGACCACAAGUACAAGAUGCACCUGUAUGGCUUCCACAGUGGCCAGCGCAUAGGCCCCGUCUCUGUCAUUGGGGUGACAACCCCCAGCCCCACAGAACCCAGCACGGAGGCCCCAGAGCCCACUGAGGAGCCACUCCUGGGGGAGCUGACAGUAGCAGGCUCCUCCCCUGACUCCCUGAGCCUCUCCUGGACUGUGCCCCAAGGCCAGUUUGACUCCUUCACCAUCCAGUACAAGGACAGGGAUGGGCGUCCCCAGGUGGUAAGAGUUGGAGGAGAGGAGAGAGAGGCCACUGUGGGGGACCUGGAGCCUGGACGCAAGUACAAGAUGCACCUGUAUGGCCUCCACCAGGGCCGCCGUGUGGGACCCGUGUCUACUCUGGGUAUGACUGCUGCAGUGGAGGAGACCCCCAGGCCCACAGAACCCAGCACAGAGGCCCCAGAGUCCACUGAGGAGCCACUCCUGGGGGAGCUGACAGUGACAGGCUCCUCCCCUGACUCCCUGAGCCUCUCCUGGACUGUGCCCCAGGGCCAGUUUGACUCCUUCACCAUCCAGUACAAGGACAGGGAUGGGCAGCCCCAAGUGGUACGAGUUGGAGGAGAGGAGAGAGAGGCCACUGUGGGGGACCUGGAGCCUGGACGCAAGUACAAGAUGCACCUGUAUGGACUCCACCAGGGCCACCGUGUGGGUCCCAUGUCCACCGUGGGUGUCACUGAGGAUGAAGCAAUGACCACGCAAGUAACACCCACCACAACCCCCGAGCCUCCUCUCAGGCCACGCCUAGGGGAGCUGACUGUGACAGAUGCCACCCCUGACUCCCUGAGCCUCUCCUGGACAGUCCCUGAAGGGCAGUUUGACCACUUCCUGGUCCAGUACAAGAAUGGGGACGGGCAGCCCAAGGUGGUGCGGGUGCCAGGGCAUGAGGACGAGGUCACCAUCUCAAGGCUGGAGCCAGACCACAAGUACAAGAUGCACCUGUAUGGCUUCCACAGUGGCCAGCGCAUAGGCCCCGUCUCUGUCAUUGGGGUAACAACUGCAGUGGAGGAGACCCCCAGCCCCACAGAGGUGGAGGAGACCCCCAGGCCCACAGAACCCAGCACAGAGGCCCCAGAGUCCACUGAGGAGCCACUCCUGGGGGAGCUGACAGUGACAGGCUCCUCCCCUGACUCCCUGAGCCUCUCCUGGACUGUGCCCCAGGGCCAGUUUGACUCCUUCACCAUCCAGUACAAGGACAGGGAUGGGCAGCCCCAGGUGGUACGUAUUGGAGGAGAGGACAGAGAGGCCACUGUGGGGGACCUGGAGCCUGGAUGCAAGUACAAGAUGCACCUGUAUGGACUCCACCAGGGCCACCGCGUGGGUCCUGCAUCUGCUGUCGGGGUGACCUCCUCCCUCCCUACCCAGACUCCCGUGGAGCCCCACCUUGGGGACCUGGCUGUGGCAGCUGUGACCUUGGACACUGUGCACCUCUCAUGGACCGUGGCCCAGGGCCCCUUUGACUCCUUCCUGGUCCAGUACAAGGAUGCACAGGGGCAGCUCCAGGCAGUUCCCGUGAAUAGAGACCUCCGUGAGGUUACUGUCUCGGGUCUGGACCCCGCCCGCAAGUACAGGUUCUUGCUCUUUGGACUCCUGGAUGGGAAGCGCCAUGGCCCAGUCUCUGUGGAUGUCAAGACCCUCCCAGACAAGAAACCCUCUCCCCGCCUGGGAGAGCUGACAGUGACAGAUGUGACCCCUGACUCCAUGGGCCUCUCAUGGACGGUCCCUGAAGGCGAAUUUGACUCCUUUGUGAUCCAGUACAAGGACAGGGAUGGGCAGCCCCAGGUGGUUCCUGUGGCUGCAGACCAGCAUAAGGUUACCAUCCUCAGCCUGGAGCCAAAUAGGAAAUACAAGUUCCUGCUGUAUGGCCUGGCAGGCAGGAAGCGGCUGGGCCCCCUUUCUGCUGAUGGCACCACAGCUCCCCUGGAGAAAACCCGGCAGCCCCCACCGCGCCUAGGGGAACUAGCAGUGACUGAGGAGACCUCAGACUCCCUGCGCCUGUCCUGGACUGUGGCCGAGGGCCCCUUUGACUCCUUCCUAGUCCAGUAUAAGGACACCAACGGGCAGUCCCAGGCAGUGCCUGUGGCUGCAGACCAGCUUGAAGUCACCAUAGAGGGCCUGAAACCUGGCAGGAAAUACAAGUUUCUGCUCUAUGGACUAGUUGGAGGAAAGCGCCUGGGCCCAGUCUCCGUCCUGAGAAUGACAGCCCCAGAAGAGGACACACCAGCCCCAGAAGCCCCUGAGCCCUCUGAAGCACCGAAGCUGGGGGUGAUGGCUGUGACCGAGGCAACCCCAGACUCACUGCGCCUGUCGUGGAGUGUGGUCCGGGGCCCCUUUGACUCCUUUGUGGUCCAGUAUCUGGACACAGAUGGGCAGCCCCAGGCCCUGCUUGUGGAUGGUGAUCAGAACAAGGUCCUCAUCUCAGGCCUGGAGCCCAACACCUCUUACCAGUUCUCCCUCUAUGGUCUCCAUGAAGGGAUGCGUCGAGGGCCCAUCUCCACAGAGGGCACCACAGGGCCUCCUCCUGCUGGUCUGACCCCAGGAGACCCAGGGCCCCGCCUGUCUCAUCUGUCAGUGACUGAUGUGACCACCAGUUCGCUACGGCUCAACUGGGAGGCCCCACUUGGAGCCUUUGAUUCCUUCCUACUCCGCUUUGGGGUUCCAUCACCAAGCACCCUGGAGCCACAUCCACGUCCUCUGCUGCAACGGGAGCUGAUGGUGCCUGGGACGAGGCGCUCAGCGGUGCUCCGAGACCUGCGCCCUGGGACCCUGUACAGCCUUACUCUCUAUGGGCUACGAGGGCCUCACAAGGCUGACAGCAUCCAAGGCACUGCCCGGACCCUCAGCCCAAUUCUGGAGAGUCCACGUGACCUCCAAUUCAGCGAAAUUGGGGAGACCUCAGCCAUGGUCAGCUGGGUGCCACCAACAUCCAGGGUGGACAGCUUCAAAGUUUCCUACCAGCUGGCAGAUGGAGGGGAGCCGCAGAGUGUGCAGGUGGAUGGCCGGGCCCAGACCCAGAAAAUUCAGGGGCUGAUCCCAGGUGCUCGCUACGAGGUGACAGUGGUCUCUGUCCGCGGCUUUGAGGAGAGUGAGCCUCUCACAGGCUUCCUCACCACUGUUCCUGAUGGCCCCACUGAGCUGCGAGCACUGAACUUGACUGAGGGAUCCACUCUGCUGCACUGGAAGCCCCCCCAGAACCCCGUGGACAAAUACAACGUCCAGGUCACAGCCCCAGGGGCCCCAUCUCUGCAGGACUCCGCCCCGGGCAGUGCUGUGGACUACCCCCUGCGCGACCUGGUGCUCCACACCAACUACACUGCCACUGUGCGCGGCCUCCGGGGACCUAACUUCACCUCCCCAGCCAGCAUCACCUUCACCACAGGGUUGAAGGCUCCCCUGGACUUGGAAACCAAGGAAGUGACUCCCCGAACAGCGCUGCUCACUUGGACUGAGCCCCAAGUCCUACCCACAGGCUACCUGCUCAGCUUUGACACCCCUGGUGGACAGACUCAGGAGAUCCUGCUCCCCUCGGGAAUCACCUCACACCGGCUCCUUGGCCUCUUCCCUUCUACCUACUAUAAUGCACGGCUCCAGGCUGUGUGGGGCCAAAGCCUCACACCACCAGUAUCCACCUCCUUCACCACUGGUGGACUGCGGAUCCCCUUCCCCAGGGACUGUGGGGAGGAGAUGCAGAAUGGGCCCAGCACCUCGAGAACCACCACCAUCUUCCUCAAUGGCAAUCGCGAGCGGCCCCUGAAUGUGUUUUGUGACAUGGAGACCGAUGGGGGCGGCUGGCUGGUGUUCCAGCGCCGCAUGGACGGACAAACAGACUUCUGGAGGGAUUGGGAGGAUUAUGCCCAUGGCUUUGGGAACAUCUCCAGGGAGUUCUGGCUGGGCAAUGAAGCCCUACACAGCCUGACACAGGCUGGUGAUUACUCCAUGCGUGUGGACCUGCGGGCUGGGGAUGAGGCUGUGUUCGCCCAGUAUGACUCCUUCCGAGUAGGAUCAGCUGCUGAGAACUACCGCCUCCACCUGGAGGGCUACCAUGGCACCGCAGGGGACUCCAUGAGCUACCACAGUGGCAGUGUCUUUUCGGCCCGUGAUCGAGACCCCAACAACUUGCUCAUUUCCUGCGCUGUCUCCUACCGUGGGGCAUGGUGGUACAGGAACUGCCACUAUGCCAACCUCAAUGGGCUCUAUGGGAGCACAGUGGACCACCAGGGAGUGAGCUGGUACCACUGGAAGGGCUUUGAGUUCUCUGUACCCUUUACGGAAAUGAAGCUAAGACCAAGAAGCUAUCGGUCCCCUGUAGGGGGAGGCUGAGCUGCUGCCCACCUCUCUCACACCCCAGUAUGACUGCCGAGCACUGAGGGGUCACACCCAGAGAAGAGCCAGGGAUGCCUCCACCUCCCAGCCACCAGAGGAAGCCUUCUCUGCCUGUGACCUCACAGCAUCAUGUUUACAGGGGGGAGGGGGAGGGGUUUCUAUGGGAGCAAUAAAGGAGAAACUGAGGCA